AUUAUUUGAAUUCUUCUCGUAAACGUGUGUAAAUUGUAGUCAUGAAUUUCUUUCCAUUCGAUUCUUGGUAUUCUUCAACGGGCCAUAAACGGAUCGGAGGCACAACCUGACUACAAGAAGGCAAAUAUGACCACUCUACAGUCACCACGUUGUUUGAUUUCUCAUCUUACCUCCUUUAAAAAACACCCUACGCCGUCGUACAGGAAGGCACUCCCCUCUUCACUCCAUCUGCAUAUUCGCCACCACUCGACUCCCAUGGCCUCCUCUACCGACGCGACAGAGGUUUUGGCCACCGAAAACUCGGAAACAACUUCCGACGUGCUAGUGCAGUACGUAGUGCUCCGACGAGAUCUGAUAGACUCGUGGCCGCUAGGGAGCGUUGUAACACAGGGCUGCCAUGCCUCCGUCGCAGCCAUCUGGUCACACAAAGAUGAUCCUCACACCAUCGAGUACUGCAGUCCCACCAAUCUCGAUUCAAUGCAUAAGGUAACGCUUGAGGUGAAAGGAGAAGUACAUUGUUUCCUCGUUCUUCAAAAAGCUGAAACUCUAGACCAAAAUCACAAUGAAGCGUUGUUGGAGGGACUAUCUAUGAAAGCCGCAACUUUUUUAGAUCUUAGACAAAGAAAAUUGUAAAUCCAUUUUUAUAGUUUUCUCAAUAUUUUAUUAGUAGUACAAUUGAAUGUUGGUCUUGAUGCUUUGUAUUGUAUUGUAUUUGUAUGAGUAAUAUAUCAUGGGUUAUCUU